GGGAGGCAUCUCAUGGCUCCAAAUGGAGGAAUCUGUUUUUUCAUUCUUAUUGUGACCUCUGCAGCUUUAGCUCAGCCUCCAGACCUGACAGCUGGAGACAAAAUGGGCUUUCAGGACAUUGCCAAAAAGCUGAUGAUGAAAUGUCAGAGUAAAGGAUUCCCGUUGCCUCAGAUGACGCUGCUAAAAAGUGUCUUCAAUAGCAGUGACUUGAUUGCAGCGGACAGAACCGCUGAGCAGUCCAGCACCCUCCUUCCCACCUUUCUUCAAGUCUUGACUUCAAUCACUCCAGGCAAAAAUAAUGACCCAAAUAAUCAACUCAACUUAAUGAACACUGUCGACAAAAUUACAAACAAGAUGUUGAACUGCAGCCAUCUUUCCUUCAUGAUCCAAAAGAUAAAGAACUCAUCUGUGAGUGAAUCAUCCUCGUGUUUUUUAAGAGCUUUCGUGGCUCCUCUGUCAUGGACAGCUUUGAUAACCCAAGAGGACAACAACCUCGACCCAGACAGCUACGAUGCCCUGCUGUGGGCCGCCAAGCCUGUGCUGGUGGACGUACCCUCUGAAACAAUGAAGCUUCCUACCAAAGUAGAGGGCCAAAACAUGAAAAACAUGAUGAACAUGCUGCAGGAAGUCUAUAAAACCAUGACUGACAUUCAAAGAACUCAGGUGCUAAAGUGGGCAAAGGAGCAGAUCAUGGAGAACUACUUUAAUUGUACAUUAAGGCCACCACCAGACCCUCAAUCAGUUCUGAUGUAUCACUGCAAACCAUCACUGCAGUGGCUGGAUUUGGAGUCUUUGUCCAUCAUGGGACCUUACAUCUCCCAGCUGAUGCCCGAGGAUGUUGAUUCUUGCCCCAAACAAAAGCUUUGUGAGUUUUUCCUCUCAGCGCAGCUAAGAUCCAGCGUGGGUGAAGCAGCAGAGAUGGGGCCGAGCCUGAGCAAAAAGUUUCUCCAAAGAAUUCAGGAGUGCUUCAGUGAAAACGAGUUUCAACAUCAUGUAGAUAAGCUUGGCCCACUGGCUUGUUAUUAUGAUGCUCCAGACUUGACCCCUGACCUCAGUCAAAGACUGCUUUCUCAACUAAAUGACUGCAACCACACCCUUAACCCAAUGCUGAAGAAGCGCCUCGUGAACUGCAUGAUGUCAAACUCGAGUGAUGCUAAAGCUCUGCUUAGCCUGGGCAACAGCGUAACUUUGCUGAGUCCUGAGCAACUGUCUGCGCUCCCUGCCACCAACCUGAGCAAUGUGCUCCAAAGUCUGGGCCUCAAUUUGAGAUGGACGACCGGUCAGCUGCUGACCAUCGUCAGGAAUCAACUGGGUGAUAAGAAGUGCGAUGAGGUGUCAGGCAAGGACCUGCUGGCCCUUCAGUCAGUCGCAGCGGGUUUGCCGAGCUGUGCGCUCAAGAAUGACAAAGUUGAGGAAAUCCUAACAGACAAAGAGGUUCUUAAGAACAUGUCCCAACAAAUGAGGAAGGGGCAAUUAAAGGCCAUGCUUCAGGGGCUGCUUGGAAAAAUGAAUCCCUCAGAGUUGGUGCAGAAGUUGCCUGGCCCAUUGCUUCGCAGCAUUUCUCUCAACAACUUAGACAAAGCAAACAUCACCUCACUGGACCAAGUACAGAAUAAAACCUGGAGUAGGUCACAGGCAGCUUACCUGGCAAAGAAGAUGUUUAAUCUCAAGCAGCUUCACUUUCAAAAGCUGAAUUCAGUCCUUCAGGGUGUAACCUGUGAGAUGAUUGACAAUGUUUCAGACAGCAGUGUCAUGGAAAUGGCUCAGGCCAUAACAAAGACCCCACAGUGGCUCUCCAAAGUCCAGGCAAGGUGUGCAGCCCAAAAACUGUUGCUGACUUUGGAAAAAAUGAGACCUAAUUAUUUAAAAACCAUCACGGAACAGGAGCUGGACGCAAUUCCCACCACAUUGUUACUAUAUUUGCCGCCUUGGAACGUGAAGGAUUUGCCUGACUCUGUGUGCCGGGCAUUUCUUGACAAAAUGCAAAUGGCUAACCUGAGCUCGCUGCCUCUUCAUGCUCCAUCACGGCCUGCAAUCACCCAGAGAGCCCUGCUUUGCCUCACUAAUGGCAAAAACCUGUCAGAACUGACAAUCGCAGAUAUGUCCGGGCUUGGACAGCUUUUGUGCGAGGUGAAGCCUUCCCAAAUUCAACUGAUGGCCCCUGAUGUCAUCAAGUUCAGCCUCCAGACUAUGGCCUUCUGCUCGCACAUUCCUCAGCUUCACAAGCAUGAUCUGAUUCAGAUGGUCAACCAGACCUUUGGAAAUCCAUCUGAUUGGCCAGAAAAAACAAUGGAGAGUCUUGGUCCCCUCCUUCUUUUGGACGAUAACACAGCAUCUUUUUUACCGAAUAAACCUUGGAUGAAGGAUGUUUUGGUUUUCCUGAAGUCCCGCCUCCACCUCACUUCAGAUUUUCUGCAGAAGAAGUUGUUUGAUCUGACCACCACCGCAUCCAAUGCUGCACGCAGAAAAAGAGAAACUGGCAAUGGAGGUGGCUCCUCUGGCAAUGUAAUAGAUCCCAGCGAGAAGUUGAUUGAAGAACUGGGAAUGAACAAUGUCUAUUGGACAGCACCAAAGCUGGAGAUGAUGUCCAACAGCACAUUUCUGGCUACUGUAGAAACCCUUGGAGCAAUACCAGGCUACAGUGCAGACCAGCUGCAUGUCCUCAGUAACAAAGGAGUUCAGGCUUUUGGACCAGUAACUCAGAUGACAGACAGGGAUGUUGCACGGUUGGGAUGUAUUACCCGGGGAUUCUCCAACUCCGACCUGGAGAAGCUCCCGUUCUCUCUGGACAUUCUGGAAGGAAUCGCUCACUGUGGUUGGAACGACUCACAGAUGGCGUCGGUGUGGAAAAGUGCUGCGAAAUACAACAACCUGACAGUGCCCAGGAUGAGAGCUGCAGAGAUGGUUGCACUAAACCGCUUCAUUUGUGGGCUGAACUCCAGUGAGAUCAGUCAGCUGAGCGUGGACGCCUUUAAGGAUGCCGUGGGGUCCAUAGAUGCUCUUCAAUGCUCGCGUAACAUUAAAAAGCUGCUCAAAAACCUCACAGUGUCGGCAUUUGGAAAUCCAAGCACCUGGACUGAAGCACAAGUGUCUGACUUACACAGCAUCAUUACUGGCUUGGAUGUGGCUGAAAUGGCUUCUCUAAAACCAUCCGUCUUUUCUUUUCUGACUGAGAGCUGCAUCCCACACAUUCCUCCAGAAAACCUUGUGGCACUGUCUGUCGCUCAGCUGGAGGCUCUCGGGCCUGACAACGCUGCCAUGCUGACCGCCGGACAGCGGGCAGUGCUGAGCAGAGACCAGCUGGCUGCUGUUGAAAGGGCUGCAACUGGUUCUGCUGCUCCACCACAGAACCCUCCACAGUCUGAUUCUGGAGCUUCUGCUCUGAUGGGCGAGGGGGUCUGCAUCCUCGUGAAGCCUCUUCUCUUUCUCAUCAUGGGGAUCGUGCUGCUGUGAGAACACAGUCCGCCCUUCCAGCUGCAAUCAAAGCACACGGCACUUUUCCCUCCUCGAAGCACUUAGCAUCUUAUCUUUAGGGGUUUGUUUCAGAUGAAAACCAGUUUUAGAUUGGAGGAAAGUAGAUUGCUAAGACUGUAGUAAUGUUUGCAUGUGCUUCCUUUGCAUGUUUGGGUUUUCUCAGAGCGAUUUGACUUCCUCUGGUGGUUUAAAAACACACUAUGGACCAGCAAAUUGUUAAGUUCGGUUUGGGAAAUGGAUGGAAUAAAAUGAUACUCUCAAACACACAUUCAAUAUUGCUGACCCACAUCACUGCAUUAAUUCACCACUUAACCACCAGAUACAUUUCAAUUCCUUUAUUCUCAGUAGCAUCUUUCCAAAAACACACACUGGUGUGAUGUUUAAAAACCCACUCUGAUGGAAAUGGUGUCUUUAACAUGUUAUGUUUUUUUUUAAUGACGGAGGACAUAUAUA